AUGGAGGCGCCGUUUGUCUACCUCCGCCCCACCGUCGAGGACGACGGCACCGGUGAGCGGGUUCUCCUGAAGGCGGCCCUCGGCGGCAACCUCGGCCGCCUCAAAUGUACUAUUCAGAAACUUACCAAAAGAAAUGGCGACCUGUCGGCCAUUUUUUCUAUCAACACGAACGGAUGUAAUGUGUUGCAUCUCGCGGCAUGCGCAGGCCAUUUAGAGGUUUGCAGGUACCUAGUGGAGGAGCUUGGAGGAGAUGUAAAUGCUCCUGGGUUUGGGGAUACAGCUCUAGGUGCGACUCCAUUUAUGGUGUCUGCUCAGUCUGGUGAUGUUGCUACUGUCAAGUAUUUUCUUGAUCAUGGUGGUGAUCUUGUGAAAGCAGAUGACAAAGGGCGCACAGUUCUCCACCAUGCUGCGGGUAUAGGAUGCUGCAAGGUUAUAGAGUUCCUCCUGUCAAAAGGAGUGCCUGUUGACAUAGACUGUGGCCGUGGAACACCACUCUUUUGGGCUGCCCUAACAUCAUCAUCAAUGGUACUACCAGUCCCCUUAUGA